UCAAUUUCUUGUUGAGCUUUAACGACGAGUCUAGGGUGAAAGGGACAGCGGAGAAAAAGAGGCGGAAUUAGAUCGCGGGGGAAAUUUAGGAGAUAUAAGAGCGGACGACGAUCUAGAAAAGAUGGAGAUAAAAGGGCGAGUCGCCCUUGUGACAGGAGCCGCUUCCGGCAUCGGCAAAGCGUGCGCCGUCGAGUUGUUGAGUCAAGGUGCCAAGGUGGCCAUUUGUGAUAUUAAUACCGAGGAAGGAGAGAAACUGGUGGAAACAUUGACCGCGAAAUACGGCAAAGAUCGCGUGAUCUUCUCGCAAUGCGACGUCACGGAUUAUCCGCAAUUUGAAGAAUCAUUUCAGACAACGAUUGCGGAAUUCGGUCAUAUUGAUAUAGUUAUCAAUAAUGCUGGUAUCAUGAAUGAUCGGUUCUGGGAACUUGAAGUGGAUAUUAAUCUCAAUGGGGUGAUCCGCGGCACUUUGCUGGCUCAACGGUUUAUGGGCACGGAUAGGGGCGGCCAAGGUGGAGUCGUUAUUAACACUGGCAGCAACGUCAGCGUCAAUCCUUACGUCAGCGUGCCAAUUUACUCCGCGACGAAAGCGGCCGUCGUCAAUUUCACCCGGGCUUUCGGGGAUCAAUAUCACGUGAACUUGACGGGCGUAAAAGUGAUGGCACUCUGUCCAAGCACCACGGAGACCAAAUUGGUGCAAGACGUCGGUAGAAAGCUUCUUCUGGCUCGAUAUGAGGAUGCCUGGCAAAGAGAUGUAGCCUCCUCAGUUUUUCAGAGGGCGGAACACGUGGCGAAGGCGUUGAUACACGUGUUGAAUACCGGCAAGAGCGGAAGCGUAUGGAUGGUGGAGAAAGAGCAGCCACCGUACGAGAUCAGCUUCUCGAAGCAUUAAAAAAAAGAAAAGAAGAAAGAAAAAAAGAAAGAAAAAAGAAAGAGGGAAAGAGUGUCGUCCACGUGCAAUGAUUCUUCCUCGCUUCACUGCAAAUAUCUUACGUCGUAUCGCACAAUUAACUGUAAUUGUAUCGAGAUGUGUAUCCCAUCACUUGCCGGCGUUUCGCCGGCCGUUGUCGACGAUAACGACAACGACCGAAGGCGAGCGAAACGUAGUUUUACUCACAUACGGAUAUAUAUAUAUAUUUACUUUCAUACUUGAAUACUUCAAGGGGAGAGAAUUUGGAAUACCUUUUUUACUCUGGCGACAACGAACGUUGAUUGUCCGAAGAUCACGUCGUCUCCGAUUUUUGAUAGAAAGUCAUACUUUUGGUACGAUUUAUACUGACAUAGCUGAAAAUCUAUGACACGCAGGUGAGAAAGGGAGAGAAAGAGUGAGAGAGAGUAUCUCGGAUUUAACAGUCGCGAGAAAUAUAAGAUCGCAAUAUUAAAGAAAAAAAGAAGAAUAAGAAUAAGAAAAUCCCGCACACGGUCGACGCGGGAUGCGCGUCGGGAUGGCGGAAACAUUCUUAGUACGCACAAAAUACACACACAAAAAGAAAGGAAAAUGUAAAACAUUGUAAAAACAAUGGCUUUCGCUUCCGUCCCGCACCCGCGUUGCGAAUUUGCGUCGGUUUUUGGCACGGGACUUCUGAACGGCAAUUCGCAUUUGCAUUCAUGUCAGUCGAGAAUUCCCGUAUUUUUUCGGACGAACAUUCGUGUAAUGCACCGACGAAAAUCGCAACGAUAUCUGUAUCCUGCCGCCAAUCAUCUGUAAUCGUCGCACAAGUUACUCGUCUUACGUGUAGCCGAUCCUUUUCUUCUUUUUUUUUUCUUUUUUUCUAUCAUAUUCAACGUAAUCUCAACGAUUCCCUUCACGUGCCGUCUCACGUCGCUAAGUGUAAUGUAAUCGCGUCUCACUACUAGGUCGAGUAUAAUAGACACUGUAUUUAUUGCUUGUGUAAGGAAGGCAAGGAGAAAGAGAGAGAGAGAGUGUGUGUGAGAGAAAUCGAGUGAGAGAGGUGAAAGCAUUAAAUUCACGCUCUCGACGCGUACAAAAGAAAGGGUGAGAAAAAGGAAGCAUGCGUCUCUUACGACAACCGAUAUAAAUGAUCCUGGAUUCACGGAUAUUCCCUUUGCAAAAUGUCGCAAAAUACAAUAAAAGCUCUUUUAUGUAAGAGAGAUAGAAAAAAGCAAGAAAGGUCCGUUAAAUUCAAAGCUACUAUUCCUUGUCGUCGAUAUAUUUUUCAACGUUCAGUAGGAGGAGAAACAACGUUUUAAUCUUGAACAGUGCCAAGUAAUCAAAUAAGUCCAUCGCAUCUCGAACAUUUUUACACAUUAUAUAUUUCAAAUAUUAAACGUGUGUAAAAAUAUCAGAAAAGAUAGAAAUAUAAUCGGCGUUAUUGAGACACGAUGUUGGGACGAAAAUGAAGUCGCACGAACCGUCUAUUCGAGAGGAGGGACGCGGUAAAAUCUCUUCACAUGUCUCAGGAGAUUCCGACGAGAAACUGAAGCUCAUGUUCGCGUGCGAAUUUACAGCUCAAAGUUCGAUACGUGCGUCAAGGAUCAUCUACAUCGGCGUACACCGAGCGAGUGGGAAUUAAACCGAAAUCCGUCGGACGAUUACUCCAAGCGAAACUACUUAUCCAGUCGUGUCCGUAAUUUUUCUACAGUCUUUUGAGGGAAAACGAGGAAUAUUUAUAGAAACGGUAUAGCGAUAGAAUUAGGAUCUACCUAGGCUGAGCGAGCGCAACUUGUUGUUCCUGUUUUGUCUUGGUUUGUCGUGGCGUGCAGCAAUCACCAACGCACCGAAUUGUAUCGUUCAGAUCGCCACAGAUCGAUCGGAUAUCUAGUUAGAUCGAUGCGAGCCCGUCGAAUUUGUUCGAGAUGCGUUGUCCGUUCGAAGAAUUCAUUGUAGCUUUCGAUCGACAACGUGACGAUUUAGCGACGAUUGUUGAGUUUGUUUUUGUUACACGUUACACGGUAUGUACGUUGCUAGCCUUGCCAAUAAAAAUGCAUUGCCUUUUAAUAAAAUUGCGAGGAUCAAUUUGAA